AUGGCGCGCAUUUCUGCUUGCUGCAGUUCUGCUCUGGCCCCUCAGAUUUCAUCUGAGGCCUCGGACGGAUGUACCCUUCCUGUUAUCACCGUGCGGCGUCACGCAAGGCUGGGCAGGCACAGGCCCACCCGAGACGCCAGCCCCGCGCCCAGGCCCUCCGGGCGGCAGCGCUCGCCCCCCAGCCCCGGCCGGGAUGACAGCCCGCCGCUGCACCGCUCCUCACAGAGCCAGCGGAGCCGCAAGUCGCUCAGCCCGGUGGGCGGCCGCUCGCCCCUCAGCCCCUACAGCCGCCGCCGCUCCCCCAGCUACAGCCGGCACAGCUCCUACGAGCGCGGCGGGGACGUGUCGCCCAGCCCCUACAGCAGUUGGCGUCGGUCGCGGAGCCCCUACAGCCCCGUUAUCCGGAGAUCAGCAAAAUCUCGCAGCAGAAGUCCAUAUUCAUCAAGGCACUCGAGGUCUCGUAGCAGACACAGAUUGUCUAGAUCCAGAAGUCGUCAUUCAAGUAUUUCUCCUAGUACAUUGACUCUGAAGAGUAGCCUGGCUGCUGAGCUGAACAAAAACAAAAAAGCAAGAGCUGCUGAGGCAGCCAAAGCCAGUGCAAAAGCUUCCAAUACUUCAACACCUACUAAGGGAAACACUGACACUGCUGUAAGUGCACCUCAAGUGAACAAUGUAAAGGACCUGAAGAAAAUAAAAACUGAGCAUACACCUUCUCCUACAAGCAGCGUAAAUUUGAAAAAUGACAAGGCAAAAGCAAAGGUCUCACUUCCUGAAACAAAAGGGGAAAAUAAUUUAAUUGCAGACAAAAUUACUAAACAGAAACCUACAGCAGUAAAAGAGAGUAAAUUAACUGUUGUAAAACAGCCACCGGUCACUGUAAAAGAGAAAAGCAAACCGAGUACACCAAGUGUAGUAACCAAGGAGAAGGACCGAAUUGUUGCACUACCAACCUCCACACUGCCGCCCUUGCCUUUGCCUCCCACGCUGCCUGAAGAUAAAGAAACUGAUAGUUUGCGAGAGAAUCUUUCUGUGAAGUCAGUUAAAGAAGCAGAGAAGAAACUUCGCCAUCUGCUUGCAGACUUGCCACUUCCACCUGAAUUGCCUGGAGGAGCUGACUUAUCCAAAAGUCCUGAAGAAAAGAAACCAGCAGUUCAGUUACACAGCAAGAGAAGACCAAAAAUAUGUGGACCACGACAUGGUGAAACAAAAGAAAAAGAAAUAGACUGGGGAAAGCGCUGCGUGGAUAAAUUUGAUAUCAUUGGUAUUAUUGGUGAAGGCACUUAUGGACAAGUUUACAAAGCCAGAGAUAAAGACACAGGGGAAAUGGUGGCACUAAAGAAAGUACGGCUGGACAAUGAAAAGGAAGGGUUUCCAAUUACAGCUAUUCGGGAGAUUAAGAUUCUUCGACAGCUUAAUCACCAAAGCAUUAUCAACAUGAAGGAAAUAGUGACAGAUAAGGAAGAUGCUUUGGACUUCAAGAAGGACAAAGGUGCAUUUUACCUGGUAUUUGAAUAUAUGGACCAUGACUUGAUGGGACUGCUGGAAUCUGGUUUGGUUCAUUUUAAUGAAAAUCAUAUUAAAUCUUUUAUGAGACAGCUGAUGGAGGGCUUAGCCUAUUGCCAUAAGAAGAACUUUUUGCACAGAGAUAUCAAAUGUUCAAAUAUUCUACUAAAUAAUAGAGGGCAGAUAAAGCUUGCAGAUUUUGGGCUUGCUCGGCUGUACAACUCUGAAGAAAGCCGAAUUUGCGGGAGUCCUUGUCCAGCAGUGUGGCCUGAUGUUAUAAAAUUAGCUUAUUUCAACACAAUGAAACCAAAGAAGCAGUAUCGUCGAAAACUGAGAGAAGAGUUUGCUUUCAUCCCACCAGCUGCAUUAGAUUUAUUCGAUUAUAUGCUUGCUCUGGAUCCCAGCAAGCGCUGCACAGCUGAACAAGCUCUUCAGUGCGAGUUUCUGCGAGAUGUGGAACCAUCUAAAAUGCCUCCUCCAGACCUUCCUUUGUGGCAGGAUUGCCAUGAGCUGUGGAGUAAGAAACGCAGAAGACAGAAGCAGAUGGGCAUGACUGAUGACUCAACAGCAACUAAAGUCCCUAGGAAGGAUCUGUCUCUAGGCAUGGAUGAGAGCAGAACCAACACCCCACAAGGCAUGCAAACUUCUUCCCAACUCAAAACUCAGGGCAACUCUAGUGUAGCACUUGCAAAAACAAGCACUGGACAGCAGUUAAACCAGAAUGAAGUGGCAAUCCUGCUAAACCUGCUACAGUCUAAAACAAGUGUUAGUUUGGCACAAUUUGCCCAAGUGUUGAAUAUUAAGGUAAACCCAGAGACUCAGCAGCAACUAAAUAAAAUAAAUCUUCCUGCUGGAAUUUUGUCAGCAGGUGAAAAACAGUCAGAACAGCAGCAGCAGCAGCCGCCGCCGCCUCCGCCACCACCGCCGGAACAGGAGCCUCUAAAACAGCCGACCGUCACGCAGCCUCCUGUACCACCUGCUCAGCUGAGUCAAGAGGAUUUGGUUAGGCAGUCCGAGAUGAGGCUUCUAAACCGAACACCUGAACAAGAGCGCCCUCGGAUCUUGCCUCCAGACCAGCGUCCCCCAGAGCCACCAGAGCCUCCGCCACUCACUGAUGAAGACCUUGAUUAUCGGACAGAGAACCAGCAUUUGCCUAUAACUAACUCUUCAGGAACAGAUCCUCACGCAGGAGUGAAAGCAGCUCUUCUGCAGCUGCUUGCUCAGCAUCAAGCUCAGGCGACAACAGAGGAGCCAGUACAAACGAGCGUGGAUUAUCAGGCUAGAGACUCCUACGUAACAGGCCCAGACUACAAGGAUAACUUUGGAUCGUCGUCCUUCUCAUCUGCCCAUUAUGGCAGUAGCGAUGGAAUAGGAAGCGGAUCAUCAGGAGCAUUAGAAAGGAGGAGCUUCCUUGGAAACUCGGAUAUUCAGUCUUUGGAUAACUACAGUACUGCUUCAUCUCACUCUGGUGGUGCCCCUCCUCCAUCGGCCUUUUCAGAAUCCUUUCCCAGCUCAGUAACUGGUUAUGGAGACAUUUACCUCAACACUGGCCCCAUGCUAUUUAGUGGAGAUAAAGACCAUAGGUUUGAAUACAGCCACGGCCCGAUCCCAGUUCUGGGGAGCAGCAGUGACGCUUCUGCAGGGCCAGAGAGUACGCACUCUUUGCCCACAAAGAUACACAACUAUAGCUACGGAAGAAAACCACAGCGACUGGCAGCACGAGUGCUUGUUGCUCGAGCGGGGCUCCUGGUCCAUGCAGGAGCCAAGGUGCAGCGUACCGAACCAGCGAGCACUGGUGGUGCAGCAAAAGCAGUGCUGGGCGUGCGGAGGGAACCGGGCACCUCCGGCAGCGAGAAGAUGCUGCUGUUUCCCGCACCUGUUGCGUGA